CCCAAACACCCCUGUGUCUCAGCCAUAUCCGCCUCCCCAUUCAGCCAUGGCUUCGUACUUCUGAACAAUCCAUUUGACAAUUAACAUCAACACAACACCAGACGAAAUCAAGCACAAAAUACCUCCCAUAUUUCUUACAGAACAUCCAAAUCUUUCAAAAUGCCAGGAAUUCGUAAGUAACACCUUGCUAUCUUGAUCCCGCGCCAUCCUCAUCACGCGCAUCCUCUCUCGCGAUGCUGUUAUCAGUUCCAACAUGACGAUCCAAGUGCGAUGAUAUCCCAAGUAUCUACGUUACGAUCAUGUGGUUCUCUCUUUGGCAAACAUCACCGCAUGCUACCUAGAAUUUCCGCUGACCACUUUUGUUAUCUGUACAGCACCAAAUGCGUUAUCCGACCUCAAGGCCAGACUUAAGGGCAUGUUGAAGGGCAAGAAGAAGGAGGAGAAGAAAGAGGAGAAGCCUGCAGAGGCAGCUCCCACCGCAACUACUCCUGCUCCUGCGGCCGCUCCAGCAAGUGCCCCUGAGCCAGCAGGUAAACUAUAAUUCCUGAAUCCUUAUCGCAGACCAGAGACUGAUUUGUUUCCUCUAGCCGCCGCAGCCCCAGUACCCGCAACAACCGAGUCCACACCUGCAGCACCAAAGGAGGAGGCGAAACCUGAGGCAAACGAGCCUAUCGCUGCUGCUCCUGUCACUGCAGAAGCUCCAAAGACUGAGGCAACUCCUGCUACAGCGCCUGCCAAGGCCGAGGCACCUGGUAAGUCAUAUCCAGCUCUGCGUACAUGAUGAUUGUGGGGUUUCUGGGGAUAUCGGAUCUAGCCUUUUCAAUUUCGCAACAUCAAGGUUACAUAUUGGUGCUAUGAUUGCUAACUUAGCCUAGCUGCCACAGCUGCCCCAGUCGUUAGCGAGCCAGUUCCAGAGGUCAAGAAGGAAGAGUCAGCACCAGCUGCUGCACCCGUUCCGGCCGCUACCCCAACUGCAUAAACGGCAACGCGAUAUCCAAACCAUGUAAAAUUUCGAACAUCCGUUAUUCGCAUGUGCUUAUUCUGGUUUCUUCGAUUUUCUUUCGACCAGUCAAAGGGGAGAGGGAGCAAGUAAUGGAAGUUGUUAUGCGCAUUCUUAGGAGAAUACAUAGUUGUGGUGGAACCGGAACAGGAUAUCUGCGUGGGAACAGGAUUUCGCAGGAGCUUUUUGUUUCUUUUUUUCUUUUUUUCGUCUGAUUUCUUUUUCUCCUUUUCCGUCGAGAGCAAUACCCCCGUUAUGAUGUAGCGGAUCGGAACGAGUCGAUAGGUAUUAUCAGGCCUUGGCUCUUCGAUGGACAAUUGAUACCCCCAAUACCCUUUGAUUUAGUCUAUAAUUGAUCCAUCUAUUUUUUCUUGAAA